AUAAAUUCGUCUAGUUGUAAAACAUUAAACAAGUUUCAAAAAUUGGUCAUAAAGAAUAAUCAUGAUGAGAAUCGUCAUCAUCCUCCUCUCCGUUGUCGCUCUCGUCUGGGGUCGGGAGCUUGCACCCCUUCGUAAAGCACCCAAGAAGAUCAGCGACCGCCACAUCGUUGUCCUAGAGCGCCAUCUUGAUGUCGAAGACUUUGCCAGGAACCUUUUCGAUGACGCUGCCUUGUUUGACCAGCGACCCGUCAUCGCCAGCAAGCUACGUACCGCCAUCAACGCCGUCAUCGUCGAUAUGAACGACGAAAUGGUUGAUUGGGUUCGCUCUCUCGAUGGUGUACGAUUCGUGGAGGAAGACUCGUUCACCCAGGUAGAGUCUGAGAACUGGGGAACGGAUCGCAUCAACCAGCGCGAUCCUCCUCUCGAUAGUGAUGAUUCAAUGCCCCUGGGGUUAGGAGGAAACAUCUUCAUCCUGGAUACAGGGGUUCGAAUCACCCACGAAGACUUCGAAGGACGAGCACAAUAUGCCGCCAAGUUUGUGACGGGUGUGAACACCGAUUGCCAUGGUCACGGGACUCACUGUGCAGGAAUCGCUGCCGGGAAAAAGUACGGUGUCGCUAAGAAGGCAAAUAUCCAUGCGGUCAAAGUAUGUGACUGUACAGGUAUCUGCUCAUCCAGCGCUCUUAUACAAGGUGUCGAUUUCGUUGCCGAGCAGAAAGCAGGAGGGAUGCAGAACGUGGUCGCCUCGCUGUCUCUGAGUCUCGCCUCCGAUACUUUUGCCGAGGCAGUCCAUAACGCCAUCGACCUUGAUGUCGUCGUUCUGACGUCGUCGGGUAACGAUCGUCGCGAUGCAUGCCGUCUGAUCCCCGGCAAUAUUCCAGAGGUCAUCACUGUCGGUAACACCCAGGAAGAUGACUCCAUCCGAUCGAGCUCGAAUUUCGGUGAGUGCGUCGACAUUCUCGCCCCCGGUACCGACAUCGUCAGCUGCGGAAACGAUGACGACACGGCGACGUCGACGAAGACGGGAACCAGCAUGGCUUGCCCUCAUGUGGCAGGAGCUGCUGCCAUACUAAUGGCCGACCGUGGAGUAGCGCCGAGAGAUGUCAGUGAUACCUUAGUCAACGAAGCCUCAGCGGACAAAAUCAAUGGACUCCGAUCCGGGACGCCUAACAAACUUCUGUAUGUCCGCCCCGUGGCCAUAAUGGAGAACUAGUUAUAGCAUGGAGAUAAGAAGAGAUAUCUCCAUGGUUAUAGGAAUGGCCUGUCGAUAUAAUACGGUGGAAGGUUAAGGGUUCGAAUCUCAGGUCCAAAUGGGUGCAUGGCAAUUUAAUACUGGGGUAAGAAUAAUUGCAGGCCCGUAGAAGGACAUCAUCAAUGCUCAUGAGGCUUCCUUGGGUAAAAUAAAAUGAUAAUGAAUAAUAAUAACGGUUUGUCGAUAAAUAAUAAUCAUUUUUUGUCGAUAAACAGUCACCGCAAAUUUCAUCCAGAGCCUCUAAGUGCGUGUUAUAAUUUUGAUUAUAAUAUCAUAUUAUGAUAAAGGUCCCUAUGCGUUUCCAAAGAGAUACAUGUAUUAAAAAAAUAGGUAAUGUGGAAAAAAUACAAAUA